AUGGUGCAGGAGUGGUCCUGGGGUCUUGGGGCCUGGGGCCUGGGAGUCCUGGACUUUUUGUGGGGCUGGUUCCUGGGUCAUUGGGCGUGCGUGGACACGUGGGGCCUGGAGGAGUUCCUGCGGGGUAUGGGCGUCGGCAAGGUCAAGCGCGUGGCUGCUUCUGCAGCGCCCUGGCCGUCUUGGGACUUCGAGGAGGAGGGGGGCGCCCUCGUCUGGGUAAACCACAGCGCCCUCGGCGACCUGCGCGAGGAGAUCCAGGUGGAUGGCGAGGAGUACGAAGUGUUAGAUGGCAAGGAGGCGCAUCGGCGGUGCGGCACGAGCCUUCGGCCCCACCUGCUCCGAGACCCCGUGCAGGAGAAGCAGCGGCUCAAGUGCCGGGCCUUCUGGGAGGGGGAGGCGCUGGUCAUCGAGAGGAACGGCCCGCAGGGCCGGUUCCGCGAGGAGAGGAGCGUAGGCCCCGACGGCAAGCUGCACUUCGUGCUGAGGAACCUGGAGCAGACGCCCUGGCGGACUGGAGGCGACGUCCUGGGGCCGCACCUUUGAGAGGAGGCCCCCGCGGUAGCGGGCGCGCCUGCCGCGCGCGGGCGCUCCCGCCAGGGGUAACGUUCCCUUCCUGAGCCCGUGCGGUGUCUGAGCCCGCUGGGCCGCCCGCUGGCCCGCGGUCGAGCCCGCUCGGCGGCCGAGCGAGAGGGGCGCCUCGGUCGUCGCGGGCCGCGCGUCGCGGUCUGGGCCAGGGCGGCCCUGCUCCAGGGUCAAAUCGGGCGCGGCAUGUCCCUCUCUCUGCAGGAGGACAGGGCUGGACCUCAGCGCUGGCUUGCUGGACUUCGGCCGU